AUGACAUUUGCCGCUCCGACACCUGUCGACGAAAUCGUUCCACGUGGGAAGGAAUAUACGAAAGAGAAGCCGAUGGAAUCCCAAGGCUCGCCGAUAUAUCGACCGAACGAAGAAAUGAAGCUUCAGCCUCUACCAUUGAUGAAGGACGUUCUUGCAACAGAACAUGAAGGUCUCUUGAUCCUCAAGCUCCGCCAGUGCUCCGUCGUCUUCGACGGCGAUAGCAGCGGGACUCACGGGAAAGGCGAGGAUGCGAAGGAGGCGACUCUCUUCGAGCUCGUGCGAUACGUCACGAAAGGGGGGGAGAUCGCAGAGCCUGCGUAUCCAGAAAUCGCCAAGAUGGCCCCGAAAGGAGCCUUGGGGAGGGAAAUAUUAGUGGGUGUGUCGGAAAAAGUCGUGAAUGCAAUGCCUCCUUCCCAGAUAUCGUGCAACCUCCUCAGGAGCCUUCCACCUCCCGAGAACCCCAUCUUCGAUCCAGAAGAGGAUGACCCUGCUCUGGAAGCGUCGUGGCCGCAUAUGCAGCUUCUGGACAGGUUCGACAGCGAAGACCCAAGAGAACGCUUUUAUCUGAAGUCUGUCCUCUACAGUAUCUAUAGGAGGUUCGUGGGCCUCAGAUCCUUCAUUCGGAAGCACAUCACCCACGUCAUUCUCAGACACAUCUACGAGACUGAGAGGUUCAACGGCAUGGCCGAACUACUAGAGAUUAUCGCCUGCAUCAUCAAUGGCUUCGCCUCGCCGCUGACAGAAGACCAGAAGCAGUUGCUGCUAAAGGUGCUGAUUCCUCUCCACAAAGUGAGGUACUUAUCCACGUGCCAUCCCCAGUUGCAACAUUGCGUAUUUCAGUUCCUGGAGAAGGACGACUCGCUCACCGAAAUGGUCGUCGUCGGCCUCUUGCGGUAUUGGCCCAAGACGUCGUCCCGGAAGGAAAUCCUGUUCCUGAAUGAAGUGCAAGAGAUCUUGGUCGGGAUAAGUCCGCACGAGUUCCAGAAGAUCCAGAAUCCACUCUUUCGGCAGAUUGCGAGAUGCGUGUCCAGUGCACACUUCCAGGUCGCCGAGAGCGCCAUCUGCUUGUGGCACCGUGACCGCAUCACGAACUUGAUCAAAGGCAGUUAUCACGUGAUCAUACCCAUCGUGUUCCCCGCUCUCUACGGGAUCUCGAAGGAGCACCUGAGCCCACCGAUAGUGGAUCUGGUGGAGGACGUGCUCCAGACCUUCAUGGAAAGGCAGCCUCUCCUCUGCGACGAACUCGCGACGUCUUUCAGAGCAGAAAGGCAAUAGCGAGUGCCCAUAUUUUUUUACGAUGCCAUUAUUACCUCACUUGAAUUUGGGAGAGAACCCACUACAACUUAACUGCAUAUGCUCCCACCCAACUGAAAAAAAAUAUGGGAAACGGGAUUCCAAUCUGCAAUCCUCACGGUGCUUUGAAACACCAAUGGAAUAAAUGUUCCUCCUUUUUAGUGUUAGGCAUUGUUCUCCUCUUCCCGCUCCUCCUUCCCUUCCCAGUAUUUUCGCAAACAAAAGGAAUCCAAAACCUCGCUCAGC